CACAUUCAGACUGAUCCUCCGUCCAGUCAGUCAGUCAGUUUACUGCAGCUCAACCUUAACUCUACCAGUAACUAGUUUAACUCUACCAGUAACCAGUUUACCUCAACCAGUAACCAGUUUAACUCAACCAGCUCAGACCUGAUAACUAACUCGUUACUCGUACGGUACUAGACCUGAUGUUGUGGGUUUCUGGGCUGCUGCUGGAGAUAUGAAACUUCCUACAGUCCAGAUCCUGCUGCUGUGGAUCCUCUCUGCUGGAUCUGGUCUGGUGUUCUGCUCUGAAGAUGAGACUCGGCUGGUGAAGACUCUUUUCACUGGAUAUAAUAAAGUGGUUCGUCCGGUGAAUCACUUCAGUGAAGCCGUCGUUGUGACGGUCGGACUGCAGCUCAUCCAGCUCAUCAGUGUGGAUGAAGUGAACCAGAUCGUGACCAGUAACGUUCGUCUCAGACAGCAAUGGAUCGACGUGAACCUGAAGUGGAAUCCAGACGAGUAUGGAGGAAUCAGGAAGAUCAGAGUCCCAUCGACGGACAUCUGGAAACCUGAUCUGGUGCUUUAUAACAACGCCGACGGAGACUUCGCCAUCAUCCAUGAAACCAAAGUUCUGCUGGAGCACACCGGGAUGAUCACCUGGAACCCUCCGGCCAUCUUCAAGAGCUACUGCGAGAUCAUCGUCCUCCACUUCCCCUUCGACCUGCAGAACUGCAGCAUGAAACUGGGAACGUGGACGUAUGAUGGUCUGCUGGUGGUCAUCAACCCUGACAGCGACCGUCCGGACCUCAGUAACUUCAUGGAGUCCGGUGAGUGGGUUCUAAAGGACUACCGGAGCUGGAAGCACUGGGUCUACUAUACGUGCUGCCCCGACACGCCCUACCUGGACAUCACCUACCACUUCCUGAUGUUGAGGCUGCCACUCUACUUCAUCGUCAACGUCAUCAUCCCCUGCAUGCUGUUCUCCUUCCUGACCGGACUCGUCUUCUACCUGCCCACCGACUCCGGUGAGAAGAUGACCCUGUCCAUCUCCGUCCUGCUGUCCCUCACCGUCUUCCUGCUGGUCAUCGUGGAGCUCAUCCCCUCCACCUCCAGCGCUGUGCCCCUCAUAGGGAAGUACAUGCUCUUCACCAUGGUCUUCGUCAUCGCCUCCAUCAUCAUCACCGUCAUCGUCAUCAACACCCACCACCGCUCGCCCAGCACCCACACCAUGCCGGCCUGGAUACGCAAGGUCUUCAUCGAGACCAUCCCCAACAUGAUGUUCUUCUCCACCAUGAAGCGUCCCAGCCAGGAGAUCCGCCAGAAGAAGCUUUACCCCACCGACAUGGACAUCUCCGACAUCUCAGGUAACCCAACACCGACCAGUGUCACCUAUCAGUCUCCCAUAGCCAAGAACCCAGACGUUCGCAGCGCCAUCGAAGGAGUCAAGUACAUCGCUGAGACCAUGAAGUCCGACGAGGAAUCCAACAACGCGGCGGAGGAGUGGAAGUUCGUUGCCAUGGUGUUGGACCACAUCCUUCUCUGUGUUUUUAUGGCCGUUUGCAUCAUCGGGACCGUCGCCGUCUUCGCUGGGAGACUCAUCGAGCUCAACAUGCUGUAAACCGUGAAGGAUGGAUCAGAGAAAAGUGUUUUUCAGUGGACUGGUUCAGGUUUGUUGUCUCAGACAGACAGACAAAGGCUGAGCUGAUGUUUAAAAGAUGGAGAGUGCUUUCAGUCGUGUCGCCUCCGAGUUUGUCGUUUUGUGUUCUUGCUGAAAUGGCAGUAAAAGAAAAGUGGAGGCGUCUCAGACACCGUGAGGUACGAGUCAUACUUGAAGCUAUUCUUGUCACAAACACUUUUUCUAUUGUUUGUUGUUUUUGUACAGUUUGUGAAGCUGCAGUCGCUCUGCUGAGCUUCUUUUCUGACUGAGGAUUGUGUUCUGUCGUUUUUUGGCAGCUUGAGUUGAGGUUUGGGUCACAGAUUCUCUAAAUGUUGAAUGUUGUCUGUCUCUGAGUGCAGGCGAGAUAUUUUCCUGUCAGGAAGUUUGAUUGAUUGGUUUCGCCUGACGCUCAUCAGACGUUUUAUUUCAAGUCUUUUCUACUUCAGAUAUGAUUCAUGGGAGAGUUGCAGGAUUAGCUUUGAUUGAUUUCCAACCACAGUGAAGGUUUGAACUGAUCUGAAAACAUCUAGUCUGUGGAGUUACUGCUGGAUGUUGAAGUAAUGAAGCUGCUUAGAGUUUAACAGUGAAGACGCCCCGAUGUAAUAUCAGUUAAAGUCUGAAUGAUUGCAGAUUUACAGGAAAUCUUCAGAUAUCAUGCUGGAACAUUCCUCUUCUUCAUCUGGUCAGCCAGGAUUCUGUUCAUCUUCAGACCUUCAUGCUGCAUCUGGAAAUGUCUUCAACAUACAGCCUCAUAUCAUCAUACUUCCACCUCCACGCUUCACUCUCAGGACUAUGCAUCCACUGUGGUAGUCCUGGUCAGGUUCUCACCAAACAUCUGGACUCCAUCUGAGCCCAACUCAUUUAUCUUUCUUUAUCGUUUCAACGAGCUGAAGGCAGCGUAAUUUAUUUUGCAGCUUCCUUGAAUAAAGACUUUUAAUUCAGUGUAAUGAUGCAGUAAACUUAUUCUGCUGUGAUCAUUUCUUGUUUUAUAUUUGCAGUUGUGUAGUUGUGGAACAGUGAAAAAUAAAACUCAUAUCAACACAUUGACUGUGGUAGUCCUGGUUAGGUUCUCACCAAACAUCUGGACUCCAUCUGAGCCCAACUCAUUUAUCUUGGUCCAAAAAUUUCUAGAUUGUGAAAGUCUGUGGAGUCAUUUUAGGAGCUCUGAUUAGUGGUACUAUGACUCCUUCUACACCUCCUGAUUUGUGGUACUGACUCCUUCUACACUUCCUGAUUAGUGGUACUAUGACUGGUUGGAAUCACAGGUUUUCUUACAUCUGUUGUGUACUUUUUGUGUGUUGACUGUUUUCCAGCAGUAACUCUGCAGUGCAGCUGUAAUUGUGCAAAUCAGACUAAAUAUUUCAGCUGCUGUGUUGCCGUUUCAACGAGCUGAAGGCAGCGUAAUUUAUUUUGCAGCUUCCUUGAAUAAAGACUUUUAAUUCAGUGUAAUGAUGCAGUAAACUCAUUCUGCUGUGAUCAUUUCUUGUUUUAUAUUUGCAGUUGUGUAGUUGUGGAACAGUGAAAAAUAAAACUCAUAUCAACACAUUGA